AUGAUUCUCCGUUCUCUCGCGACAAGCACCGUGUCUUCCUCACCCAAAUUGCUCGCCAUAUCUCUUGUCCUGUUACGAUUCUUAGCGCACAGCAAGACGAAAAUCCUGAAUCCAGACCACAAUCUUUUCUUGAAAUACGUCCUGAACAACGUUCUUUACAAGCAAUUCUGUGCAGGCGAGAACGCCGAGGAAGUGGCGGAAACUCUUGCCGGCGUCAAGAAAAUCGGCUUCACCGGAGCAAUCCUCGCAUAUGCCAAAGAGGCACCAAACGAAGAUGCCGAAGAUCCAGAAAUGUCGCUAGACCCCAAGGAAAAAGCCGAACGAGAUAUAUCCACGUGGUCAGAGAAUUCGUUGGAGACUGUUCAACUGUCCACACCCGGUGACUUUGUUGCCCUCAAAUUUACCGGAGCUGGCAGUCUUGCCAAAGACCAACUCCGACAGGGACUUUUGCCUGACCCCUUUCUGGCCGAAUCAAUCGAUCGAGUGUGCCAACUUGCGCACGAUCGCGGUGUUCGCGUCUUGAUUGACGGCGAACAGGACGAGCUACAAGAUACCAUCGAUAAAUGGACACUUGAGCUCGCCAAGAGACACAACGUUGUACCUGGAAAGGCAAUAAUCUUUGGCACAUAUCAGGCCUACAAAAAAAACAUGACCGAGGUGCUCGCCGGCCAUCUCAAGCAAGCUCGAGACGAGAGUUUCACGCUUGGGGUGAAGCUUGUUCGAGGCGCGUAUCUUCACUCCGACCCACCUGAGCGUUUACACGACAGCAAGGCAGACACGGACGCUUGCUACGAUGAUACCGCGGCCAGCGUCUUGACUCGAGAAUGGAACCCGAUGCUCGCGGGUUCUGGGGAAUACCCGGACGUGAGCAUCAUGUUUGCGACACACAACGCGACCUCUGUCAGAAAGGCUUACUCCAUCUAUGCCGCCGGUCGGGCUCGAUCGGAACUGUUAUUUGCGCAGCUACAAGGCAUGGCGGAUGAGAUUAGCUGCGAACUGGUCGAGAUGAAUUCCCACAGAUCGCCCCAGGAACCGGCGACUCCGGACGACGCGUAUCUUGCCGUGUACAAGUACAUGGCCUGGGGCUCUACAGGAGAGUGCAUGAAGUACCUGCUCCGGAGAGCGGAGGAGAACAAAGACGCAGUCACCAGGACAAGAGAAGACCGUGACGCCCUGUGGACGGAAUUGCUACGUCGUGCCAAGGGACUAUUCCGAACAACCUAG